AUGCCAAAGUCUACAGACAAUACAGUCUUUGUGAGGCUAGUCCCGACUCCACAACAGAAAGUGAUGAGGCACCAAAUCGAAGAUAUUUUCUCUCAAAUUGGUCCCAUCAAGAAAUCAUCUUGGAUCAACUCUGGAAACAACGAAGCCAGCAAGGGAUAUGGGUUCGUAAAAUAUGUGUCUGACGAUGAUGCCAAAAAUUCUGUAGAGGAUCUACACAACACAAAAAUGCAAAUGGAUGGGAUAGAGUACACCUUGAAAGUCGAGCUGGCGUCAGCCCAAAGCGAAGUUUCGAAAGAAAAGCCAUCAAGUUCCCAUGACAAGAGAACAAGAGACGUAGAUGACCAGAUCGAUGAAGCUGUUUUAAUGAAAAAGCGAUCUCGCAUCAUCAUUCGCAACCUUUCGUUCUACGCAAAAGAAAAUCACAUUCGAACGGCGAUGAGCAAGUAUGGCGAGGUGGUGGAAGUUCAUUUGCCGCGAGUAAAGUCCAAUCUUCAUGUUGGAUUCUGUUUUGUAACUUUUCGCAACUCGGAAGACGCCAAAAAGGCGGUUGAUGAGACAAAUCUCAGCAUCCAAAAGCGAACGGUUUCGAUGGAUUGGAGCAUACCGAAGAAUUUGCACCAACAACAGAAGAACCAGCAAAAAAACGUUGAUCAAGAUGUGGAAAUGAAAGGCUCGGAUUCGGAAAAAAAUGACGACGAGAGCGAUGGGUCGGAUGAUAGAUCUGAGAACGAUGAUUCUCGUACUUCGAGCGGGUCGGAGAAUGAAUCGCACAGUGACGGUGGUAGCGACAACGAUGAAGAUGAUGAGAGUGGUGAUGAGGUGCAAGACAAGGCUGCUUCUGUUAAGGAGCAAAGAACUCUUUUCGUACGUAACUUACCGUUCGACUCUACACGGCACGAUAUCUUCCAGCUAUUUUCGAAGUUUGGCUACAUCGAGAGCAUUUACCUUGUCAAGGAUAAAUCGACUGGUAUGCUCAAAGGGACCGCAUUUGUAACGUUCUCAAAUCCCCGCAGCGCUCAGAAAGCGACCCAGGAUGCAUCCUUUGUGUCACAGCGCCAAGCAGCAGACUCAUCGGAAAACAAAUCAGAGUCAUCAAUGCUGUUGCGAGGGCGACAGAUCUACGUAAACAUGGCAGUUGAUCGGGAAACAGCUGAGACGUUCGAUAGCAAAGAGAUGAAAACCGCAUCUGCUGAUCGUCGUAACAUGUACUUGCAAGCUGAAGCUCGAGUUGAAAGCACCUCACAAGACCCGAAUGCAAAUAAUGCCAAUACGUGGGAUGACCUGCCUCAACAAGAUCAAAGAAAGAGGCAACAUGCUUUGAAAGAUAAGACUACGAAGCUACAGUCCCCCAUCUUCUUUAUCAAUCCAAAUCGCCUUUCGUUUCGAAAUCUGGCGAAACAUGUUGAUGAAGCAGGAUUGCAUCAGCUUCUGGAGAAGGCGACAAAGCGAGGUCUAGAAAAGAAUCUUGUGACAGCAAAGGAUCAGAUUGCACACUGGCGAGCCCUCGGUGAGAUGUCUACAAGGGACAUACUUUCCAAAGUUCAAAGUACUGAGGCUGAAGGUGGAGACAUAAUUUCAGGCUGGGAAAGCAAAUCAACGAUCAAGGACUACAUUCCAUCUGUAUUCAUUGACAGAGAUUUUGGUCAAGACGGGAAGAAAGCCAAUGCAUCCAGCCGUGGUUUUGCGUUUGCUGAAUUCACACAUCAUGCACACGCCUUGGCUUGUUUGCGUGAAUUGAAUAACAAUCCCGAAUACUCUGGACAGUAUGCAGCAGGUGGAAAGAUUGCUACUGCAACAAAGAAGAAGGCAAGGAAGGGCCGCGCCAAGGUCAUGAAGGGUACAGGCGGUGGCGACUACAUCGGCGAGGACGGAAGGGUUCGCGUCCCACGAUUAAUUGUCGAUUUUGUGGUUGAGAAUAAGGUAAAGGCCAAAAAACAAGCAGAGCGUCGACUACAACAGCAGGUAAACCAAGCAAAGCAAAAGCUUGAUAAACUAGAAAAGCAAGAAGAUGCUGAACCGAAAAAGAAAAGAAGUAGAGGAUCCAUUCAACGCGAGAAAAAGAGACACAAGAGAGAAUCUGGUGAAGAGGAAACUGAAAAGCAAACGAAACUACUCAAACGAGAGUACUUCGAGAAGAAAAAGAUUCUGAGAGAAGAAAAGAAAGCGAAACAACUAGAGAACAAGAAGAAGGGUGUGAAGCCACCGAAGAAGAAAUCAAUAGACAAGGAGGAAGAAAAAUUGGAAAAACUUGUUGGAAAAUAUCGCUCUGACGUAGACACAACAAAGAAGAAUGUAGAACCUCGUGGAGCAGUGCGCGAGAAACGAUGGUUUGACUAG